ACAGAAACAAAUAAAUAGGGGUCGGGAUGUUGGCUCUAUGCUAGUAUUGGAUGUCUCCUCAGAAAUAUUGAGACAUUCGUCAAAAAGUACUAAUCCGCGGUAAACUUCUGAGUAUAAGCCAUAAACUAAUAGAAAACACGCAAGUCAGGGAAGGCCUUCAUCGAUUGUUUGAUGCGAUUGCAAGCGGAUGUGAAGACACAUAAUCAAACCCGUUAUUCGCGAGUUCUGCCCACAAGACCAGUAUAGAUAACUAUAGUCGAAAAUUCGAAAGUCGACAUCCAGAGUUGAAUAUAACGGCCGUUUGACACCAAAUUCAAAGUUACACUUGGUCAAUGAGUGAACCACUUAAUCUAUACGCGUCUGUUCGCUGUCUCCGAGCACAAGCAGCAUGGUGGCUAGCGUUCAACAGUAUAUCACGCAACAGGGUGCACGAAGAAGACAUGCUCCGUCCGAAAUGCAUGAUUUUCUUUGAAUUACACCUCCUGGAUGGCCUGAGGAUUUCCGGGUAUACGGACGAGUCAUUCAAUUCAAGAAGCAAAGGAUAUCCAGUGCCAGUUCACCUUACAGAACCGGCCUUUACGAGCGGAGUACUUGGACAUUCAUUUGACAAAAUCCUUGCCGAGUUGGUUGCAGUCGAAGGUCGCGAUGGAAGUUACGUCUUAGAUUUCUUAGCCUCUCUCUGGCCAGAUAAAUGGCUGCACAACGAAGACGGCCUGAGGGAUUACACGCUAUCGAUCUUCUCGCCAUUCGAGAUCCAAGAGACCAAAAAUCUACUAGGUCUCUCCAGGUUCCUCAAACGAAGUGGAUUUAUUCAGCAAAGAGAAUACGAAUCGACACAUGUCGAGAAAUCUAUUCGAGGCCACACAGUCUCUUUCAAUGUAUGGCGAUUCGAAAAGGGAAAGGGUCUCUGCAUCAAGAAAAGCUUCACGAUUCGAUUAUUGAUCGCGUGCUGGUUACCGCCCUUUCUAGUGAUCCUCGGAUUGUGCGUAAUGCAUUUGCUCAAACCAGAUAUUGGGUUGGGAGAUAUCUUAUCUCUGGUUGGGGCCGGCUUGAGUGCACUUGCGGCAUGGAUUCCGGGGGUCGUAUUGAAAGGUUGGCAGCUGGGAGAUGCGGUCAGAGGGAAAUAUUACACGACCAAUCUAGAUACGGCACAAGAAGUCUCCAAGUCGAAAGCACUCAAACUCGCCUCCUGCUAUCCUUCGAUUCGAAGAUUCCGCGCGACUCAAGAAGCCCAUCUGGAACCUGCUACCUUACUGGCAACGGCCAUGCGAAGGGGGGAUGCAACUGUGGUGGGGAAUGGAGCAUGCUACUUCGGCCUGAUGGGUGAACUUCGCGGGACGUUUUCACCCUUGGAAAUAACUUGUGAUAGUGGCGUGCCAUUGGAGGUUUUAGUCUUAGAACCUCUAGGUGCACUGAAGAUACCGAUACCCCGGAAAGGGCGAGGCACGACGAAGGCAUACGUCAACAGAGGAUUCUUCAAUAUCUCGGAAGUUCAGCGAAAAAGCGAGGCGACCGUCCAUUUGGAGCAACCCUGGCAAGCUGAUUUGUCAAAACUGCAAGUCCUCCUCUCGACCAGGAGAUCUUCGGCCCGUCCUUAUCUGAAAAACGGUCAGCUUGGAGAGCUGACUUUUGAGUCUGACUCAAAGACUUCGGCGACCAGAACUCUCAGGAAAACCUGGAAAUCUAGAUUUGGGAAUAGUUACUGGGAAGACGUUGCCCUGUUAACACGAGUCUUGCGGGGCGGUAGCAAUCUACUCUUAGGAGGUUUGUUUGCAAGAUCGGACGAAGAAAUGGUUUGAGAGUCGAUUCCCUUCUUUGGUGUACUCUCGGGGAGGCUGGGCCGGAUGGCGAGGGUCCAACAUCAAUAUCUGCGGUCGGCUGCCCUCCGAAUCUUCAAUCACUAGUGAUUCGCCUCCCUAAUAGAAGAACCAAUCGAAAAUAUGGAAGGCAUUUUUUCCGACUUCUGUUUUCCGGUUGCGUCUCGUCAUCCCGAAGUACACACAAGGACAACAUGGGGACCCGCAUUCCAAUAGGAUUUUCUUCCCUUAAUUUGCCAUUGCUCGACUUUCACUUCAACAAGAGCCACGUGACAUCUACACAUCUGCUUGUUUUCUUUCUGGAUGCGUAUUACUAUAGAGUUCCAACACCCACUUUCUUGAAAAAAGGGAGAAUAAGUUAUGCUUCUAGCUAGCUACAUUGGUCAAUUAAUAUUGAAUAUUUUUUGGGUUCCUCUGCGGUUUUGAAUUUGCAGAGCUUGUUUCAUUUCUGAUGUUUGCAGAGCAUGCUAUUUAUGUGCGGUUAAAAUGUAGAUAAAAUUUUACUAUCUGUUUGAGACCUCAUUUCGUACCAUGUUUGUAUUUUGGGUUGGCAGACCCCAAGAAAAUCUUUAUCCAAUUAUUCAAGACAAGCCCCUUCAGGGUGCAUUCCAAUGCCCCUCCAGAAGAAGUUU